AUGACAAGCAGACGGAUUCACGGACAGACAAGAGGUGUGUGUGCUGUGUCCAGGGUGUCGUUUGUUGAUCAGGUCCAGAUGGACGGGACGAGGUGUGUCCAGGUGCAGAUGUGGGCGUCCGCUCUGCUGCUUGUCCUGAGUCAGCUCGUCCAAAGAGGCCAGACAGAGGUCCUUGUCCAGGUGCAACCUGGUCCUAUCUACCGCGUGAUCGACCACCCCCUUUCCAUCUCCUGUAACGCGAGCGGCUUUGCCCGAGAGGCAGACUUCCAGUUCUUAUUCUUCAAGCCCAAUAAGCCCGACCGGGAGAUCAACGUCAUCAGCACAAAGGACCCAGACUUCGCCUACUCCAUGUUCGCGCAGCGUGUGAACAAUAAGGACAUAACUCUGGAGCGCCUGUCCGCCACCUCGGCCCUGUUCCACAUCACGAAGCUGCAGGACUCAGACAAUGGUGUGUACGAGUGUCACUCCCCCAGCCAGGAUGAUGUCUACUUUGGCACGUACUCUGCAAAGAUUACAGUGAAGGUGAUGGAGAACACCUUAACUAUCUCCUCCAUGAACCUUGCCUCCAUGACUCUCUCCGAGGGCGACGCCCUCUCCCUGCAAUGCCUCGCCUCCUCCAACACGGUCCAGCACACCCAUCUGUCCCUCACCUGGUACCUCCAAGGACACGGAGAGGCCUCACCCACUCCCAUCAUCUCCCUGAACCGGGAUUUGAUGGUGAGUCCAGGGGUGCGGUUUGAGGGGCGCUACCAGGCUGGUCUGGUUGGUCUGGAGAAGGUAGGGGAGGCCACCUAUAGGCUGAGGAUGGCCCAGCUGCAGGUGUCUGACACAGGAAGCAUCUACUGCCAGGCCCAGGAGUGGAUCCAGGAACCUGACCGCAGCUGGUAUGCUAUCACACAGAAGAACGCCGAGAAGACUGCCCUGGAAGUCAAAGCAAAAGAGGUGACCACAACCCAGGGCUCUGUGGCGGUGCAUGUUUCCACACCGCAGACGGAGCUGCAGGAAGGGGAGGAGCUGGCGCUGCGCUGCAGGGUGGAGGUUCAGGGCCAGGCGGCCCACUUCUUCUCCCUGUCCUGGUCCAGAGACGGGGUGGAGCUGGCCCGCAUCGGCCCCACCGGGGUGCUGACGAUCGGGCCAGAAUACCACGGGCGGCAGAGUGGAGGGGAGCUGAGGGCCACACGGACUGGCGAGAGAGAACACCUGCUCACCUUGCGGCCAGUCAGAGCCCAGGACCAGGGCAGUUACCUGUGUAGGGUGUGGGCGGAGAAAGAAGAUGGGAGUGGCGUCUUCACCAAGGGUGCCAGUCAGGAUUCCAGCGUACAGCCAAUCACCAUCUCAGCAACACAAAGUGGAUUGUCUGUUGCCAUGGUGACCAACGACGAAAGCGUCAAUGAAGGUGACAGGCUACAGCUCAUCUGCAGAGUGACGGGGUUCAAGGGUCGUCUGUCAGUCUCCUGGCAACACAGGUCAACCACAACCACAACUAACCCCUUCACUGAUGUCAUCACCCUGAGCCAAGAAGGGGUGAUGCAGACAGGGGUUGAGUUUGGGCAGCGUGGCGUCAGCGCUUUGCGUCCGACACAGUCUGACUUCACUCUCCAGCUGAGCGACGUCACACCGGGCGACGCGGGCCUGUACCAGUGCACAGUGUCAGAGUGGACCACCGAAACCAACGGCAACGCCAAGAAAACCCACAGCCAAUCCCAACAGUGCACUGUGUCGGUCACUCCCAUAGAGGCCAUGUUGAAAGUGAAGCUCUACAGCAGAGACAUGUCGGUGGCAGAAGGGAGCAGUGCGGAGCUGCAGUGUCUGGUCAGAGGACCCCGUCUGCCCGUCACCCUCACCUGGAGCCAUCAGCAUGCCGACGAGUCGUUCCCGGAUACCAUCCUCAAAGUGGCGCACAAUAAUGACAUCACCUGGCGAGGGGACAAGAGCAGCUACCAGCUGAGGACGGAGACCAAGUCGGAUUCAGUGCUGUAUGUGUUGCGCAUUGAAGCGGCGAGCCAAAGGGAGGCAGGCCGGUACCAGUGUUUGAUCUCCGCCUUUCUGCAGAAGACCCACAGAAAGCAACUGCCCUCGAAUGUUUUGGGGUUUAAUGUUCAGCGCCCAGUCAGCAAACUCUCUCUGGCUGUGACACCUGCCUCCCAGGAACACCCUGUCAACACAGACGUCCAGAUGACAUGCUCUGCCCUCGGUGUGACCUCAGAAUCUUCCCGGCUGGCUGUCACCUGGUUGGUCGAGGCGACGGCGGGAACUAACCAAACCCUCCUCAGCUCUGACCGUGAUGGCGUGGUUACGCUGGGGACAUCAGAGGGCAUGGGGUCCAGGCAGCCAAUCAGCAUGCAGAGAGGCAAGAUGGGUUUUGAGCUGACCAUACGGCAGGCCAGGAUCGGGGACAGUGGGCGGUACCACUGUGUGGUGACAGAGUGGCUUCAGGAUCCUCACAACCGAUGGUACGAGUUGGUCCCUCCCUCCUCCGCCGUCACCGAGCUCCUGGUAAAAGAGACAGAGAGUGACUUCCGAGUGGACCAGAACGAUCUUCAGCUGCAGGUGAGAGAGGGGCAAGACGUGGAGCUGACCUGCACCCUGACCUCAGGGGCGUCCGACCCCGUCCAUCUGUACGCCCUCACCUGGUUCCACACCGGCGCUCUCCCCUCCGCUGCCAGAGUCCCUCUGGUUGUGCUCGAGCGCAGCGGGGCGUUGAGGUACCCGGGGAACCACCAGAGGACAAGGGCGCUGCACUUCUCCAGGCCCAGUGAGAGCAGCUUCCGCUUAGGGUGGAGGAGGGCGGCGGAGGAGGACAGUGGAGCCUACGCCUGCCAGGUGGAGCAGUACCAGCUCAACACCAAGGGUGGUUGGGAGAUUAGGGCCUCUGACACAUCAGGCACCACCAACCUCACUGUGCAACGCCCAGAGAGUAAUCUGCAAGUGCUGAAACAGGAUCGUCACCUCAACCUGACCACGAAACCGACGGAUUUUGACAUCAGCUGUAACAUCACCUCACGCACAAGCCAAACCUCUGAGAUGCAGGUCACAUGGUUUUGGCGGCAGGCCACAGGGGGAGAAGGGGACGCCGCUCUCCCCAUCUUUCGAGCUCACCGAAACUUCACCCUGCACGACCUGGAGACGCCCGGCCGCCACCUGAGUUUCGGCCGACCGUCCCCCUCCCUCUACGCCCUGGCUGUCACCACGGCGGCCCAAUCGGACAGCGGCGUGUACCACUGCGAGGUGGAGGAAUGGCUGCAGUCUCCGUCACUCACCUGGAGGAGAGUGGCACAGGACAGGUCUGGAGAUCUGACCGUCAGCGUGCAUGCGGAAGGAGCUGUGCAGCCGGUCUCGGGACCAGAGUGCCUAUCGGGGACCAUACUGGGCGUGCUGUUACCCGUUCUCUGUGUGCUGGCCUUGGUAGUUGUAGUUUUAGCAUGGAGGCUGAAGAAGGGACAGCCACAAUCCAGAAACAAGAAGCAGGCCAACUCUCUGUGGGCAGAGGAAAAGCCACUAAAGCUCCAGACAGUAGACCUAGACUGUCUACCUGGACCAGAAGACCUAGACUGAGCGCGAGCAGAAGGGACACAGACAAGAGGGUCUCCAUCCAGCGAUCACCGUGUUCAGUGUUGGAGAGGAAGUCAUUCUGAGACUGUGUUAGAAUAAACGUCUUUAGUUAGAAGACGCUUGUAUCCAAGCAAUGUACAGGUCAGGGUUUUUUUUUUUUUUACCUCUUGAACCUCUUGAUAUGCAGUCAUCAUGCAGCUCUACCCCCCUUGUGAUCUACCCCCCUUGUGAUCUACCCCCCUUGUGAUCUACCCCCCUUGUGAUCUACCCCCCUUGUGAUCUACCCCCCUUGUGAGGACAUGCUGUGGCAGACCCAGACCCAGAGACAACUUUACAUAAAUGUGUUUUUCAGUGUUCAUAGAUACUGUAAGUGAGGAUUUCCCUUGAUUUCUAAAUAUUUUCAACAUUAAAUUUCCUGUUUUAUUUUGUAAUAAACAUUGCUCAAAAUA